UUCUUCUUCUUCGAAAUCUUAACUUCUUCAGAGAGAAAGAGAGACAGAGAGAGAGAGAGAGAGAGAGAGAGAGAGAGAGAGAAAGGAUCUUCUUCGUAUAUCGUUGCCCUUUCUCUCUCUCAAUUCUUACAAUCUUCUACCCAGAUUUUUAGGUUUAAAUUCCAUUAAAAGAUGAAUGAAAAAGCUAACGUUUCCAAAGAGCUCAAUGCCAGGCAUAAAAAGAUAUUGGAGGGGCUUCUUAAGUUGCCGGAGAAUAGAGAAUGUGCUGACUGCAAAAGCAAAGGACCACGAUGGGCUAGUGUGAAUCUGGGAAUAUUUAUAUGCAUGCAAUGUUCAGGAAUCCAUAGAAGUCUUGGGGUACACAUAUCCAAGGUGAGAUCUGCCACACUUGAUACAUGGCUUCCUGAGCAGGUCGCAUUUAUCCAAUCAAUGGGAAAUGAGAAGUCGAACACCUACUGGGAAGCAGAACUACCCACAAAUUACGACAGGGUUGGGAUUGAAAACUUUAUUCGUGCAAAGUAUGAAGACAAAAGGUGGGUUUCUAGGGAUGCAAAAACUAAGUCACCUUCAGAGGUGCGGGAAGAGAAGGCUUCUGCUAGCAGGCAGAGACCCCCGGAUAGAGUCGAGCAUGGGUACUCGGGCCGCUCAGAACAUGCUUCUGAGGUACGGAGGAACACUACUCCUGCUACAAGAAGUAGUGUUUCUGCUACAAGAAUCAAUCUUCCUGCUACAAAAAUUAGCAGUCCUCCAGCUCCUAAAGUAUCUGUGCAGGUCUCUGGUGAACCUAAACCUGCAUCAGUAGUUAUAAAACCAGAACAAGCAGAUUCAAAAACAGUAGGAACAGCUCAUGCACCUGUUGCAGCACCUCCAAAAGUUGAUUUUGCCACUGACCUUUUCAACAUGCUCUCCAUGGAUGGACCUAGCGAAAAUGGCUCAGACACAUCCCCCCAUGAUGAUAAUGGAUGGGCGGGAUUCCAGUCUGCAGAGCCAGCUUCUUCAGCAGAAAAGGCCGCCACAAGUAAACCUGUUGAAAAUAAGACUCAGACCUCUACAGGGAUUGAGGAUCUAUUUAAAGAUUCCCCUUCAGCCACACUAGCACCACAGAAAGCCCAGAAAGAUGUAAAAGGGGACAUUAUGAGCUUGUUUGAAAAGUCCAAUAUGGUGUCGCCAUUUGCUCUCCAUCAGCAGCAACUUGCUAUGUUGGCACAGCAACAAUCUCUUAUGAUGGCUGCUGCUGCUGCGGCCAAGCCAAGUGGUGGGAUCACAAUGCCUGUGAAUUCCUCGCAACCUGGCUCCAACGGGGCUCACGUAGCUGGUGCUGGCAUGGCACCCCAGAACUGGCCAAAUAUGGGGUACCAAGUUCCUGGCAUGAUGGCGCAAGUGAGUGUAUCAAAUGAUUUGCAGAAAUUUAUGCAGCAGAUGGCAAAUGUUAGGACAUCACAGCCAUUAGGAAAUUCUUUCUCUACAGCCAGCAUGUAUACUAUGAGCCCAGUUGGUCCAACCAAUGGCACAUCCACCAGUGAACUGAGUAGGUCUUCCCCCACGGCGGCUUCCGUUUCAUCUGUCACUCCAAUCAGAUCGGGAAAUGACUUCGAUUUUUCAUCACUGACACAAGGGAUGUUCUCAAAACCCUAGGUGAUCUUGGCAGCAUUGCUAGGAACAGUAAAUUGUUUGUAUUUUCCCAUACCAAGAAAAGAAGGAAAAUUUGAUUUUGAUUUUUGGUUGUUAGGAAAUAUAUCACUUGUUGAGGAGGUUUUCCUCUGCAGCAGGGUUGUAAGCUCUUUGUAGAGAUGGCUUCAGCUUUUUUAAUUAUUUAAUGAUGGUUCAUUUGUACAAGUAGAUGGAUUGGAUGUAUUUGGAGUAAUAAAGUCUACACUCUUUUAAUGAGGCUCCAAA